GCCACCGCGGCUGCCAUGAAGUUGGUGUCCCGUCUCAGGGGCACUGACAACAACAGGGACAGCGGCCCUCUGCCGCCGCCUUCCACGCUGCCCGGCGGCCGGCGUCUGAGCGUGGCCGCCGCCCCGUCGCAACCCCCGCCGCCGUCGCCGUCCGCUUUUGUGGCCGCCAGGGACAGAUCGAGGUCGCUGUGCGUGGAACGCCUGGGUCUGGCCACUCUACUGCAUCCGGCCGCGCUGCCCACCAAAGAUCUGAGCAAACGACGAGCAUCGUCCGCCCUAUCGUCGUCUAAUGAUCUCAUUUCUCGGCGAGGUGUGUUCAGCCGGCGUCACUACGGAUCCGUGGAACUGUUGCCACAACUGGAUGCUUCCGGUCAAGAGCCCGGAAGGAGGAGAUUUCGGAUAGAAAACGGCGACUCGCUUGGAGAGAAAGAAGAGAUGUUCGGUUCUCCUUGUACGCCAGUUUUGGAAAACCCCGAGUUCCAGACCAGAUGGUAUUUCAAAUACUUCCUAGGAAAAAUUCACCAAAACUAUGUUGGCUCGGAUGCGGAGAAAGUACCGUUUUUCUUAUCCGUAGUGCUGACAGACGCUAACCACCAGUGUGUGCCUCAGUACAGAGCAAUACUAUGGCGCAAAACGGGUGCGCAAAAAAUAUUACUUCCUCACAUUCCAAACAAGCCAAUGACAGUCAAACAAAUAUUGAGCAACUUUCCAGCAAUGGACAAACUGGAAAAAGGACCAAAGGAGAUCUUCGCACCAGACAUUCAAAAGGACUUACUGUUGCUGGAAGAACAAGAAGGUUCUGUCAACUUUAAAUUCGGUGUCCUGUACACCAAACCUAAUCAGCUCACUGACGACGAGAUGCUGAGCAACGAAAACGGCAGUGAGGAAUUCAAUCAGUUUGUCUCGCUGUUGGGCAACCGAGUCCGUCUGAAAGGCUGGGACAAAUACCGAGGAGGACUGGACGUUAAAGGGGACAUGACAGGCGAUUACUCGGCUUACACUAUUUACGAGGGUCACGAAAUCAUGUUUCACGUGUCCACCAUGUUGCCGUACUCCAAAGACAACCGACAACAGGUCGAACGAAAGCGUCACAUCGGAAACGACAUCGUGAACAUAGUGUACGUGGACGGCGGUACCUCGCAGAUGUCUCAGUUUAAUCCGGCGUUCAUUAAGUCGCAAUUUACACACGUGUUUGCUUUGGUUGCAUAUGAUUCUGUAGAAAAAUGGUAUAAACUAGUGAUUUAUUCCGAAGAAUCAGUGCCGCUUUUUGGACCCUCGUUACCUUGCCCGCCAAUCUUCAAGGACCCACAAGAGUUCAGAGAGUUUUUGAUUGUUAAAAUGAUAAAUGGCGAAAAGGCGACGUUCAACACGCCCACCUUUGCGAAAAAACGCGAACGGACACUUGACAUGCUCAUCAAGGACCUCUACUCGGAUUACAUGACAGACUCCAGCAAAGUGACAAUGUUGAACAGGAGGGCAUUUAGUGACGUGCUGCCGGACCCACCGAGAAGUUCCAGGCGCAAAGAAGAAGCCAGGCAAGUGGAGUUCGUCCGGAUCGGACAAGCGCUGAAGUUGGACACGAUCGUCAAAGGAGACGCGCCGACCAGUCUGGCCACGACCGGGCUUUUUAAGCGCGCCCCUUGGGAACCUCAGUGUUUCUAUCCGGACUUUUGCUUUGACAUCGCUUGCGGCGACUCGUGGGGCGACACCCGGUUGAUAAUAGCAGCCGAAUCCGGCGGAGUGUAUCUCAUCGAAGACGGCGUGUCUCAACGGCAAAUAUUCGAUAAAGUCAUCCAGGCCAAUCAGCUGAACGUGGUCGAGGCUCACGGCAUCCUUUUAUUUAGGGCGGAAAAAGGACGUGAUAGUAAAAUAUACGUGUUUAGACUGUCCGAGUUCGAGGCGGACGCGCAGAGAGAGGUGAAGAACAAACUGGACAUAAAAGACCAUAAACUAGAACGGACCCGAGGAUGCAGCAUGUACGCCGUCAGCAAACAAGGCGGUUCGCGGCUUAAAAUGGUGGUUUGUGUGAACCGUAAGCUGACGUUGAUGCAAUGGAAACACUCGGCGGCUUGGACGGCUUGGUGUCCGGCCAGCGAUACCGACACUGUCGAAGGGUUCGUCUGCCUUAGGGAGUUCCAAAUAGCCGAGCAACCAUCAAUCAUAACGUUAAUUGAGUCGGCUGGCAACACGGACACUUGUAGCAUAUGCGUCGGAUACAAACAUCAGUUUGACAUCAUCCAAGACGGUGCGGGUACGGCGCAACGGUUGUUCGCCAUCCAGGAAGGAACCAAAGCGCAUCUAGUGUCGGCAACGGAUCUGCUCGAAGACGAAGAACCCGAAUUGGUGUUAUGCUACAACAACACUUGCCAUUUCCAAAAGCUCAGCGACAUGACCAACUCGACCGAAUUCGAUUUCCACUGGAAUUCCAUUCCGAAGGACAUUGUUUGUUCUUUCCCGUACAUCAUAGCGUUCACCUCGGACACGAUGGAAAUCCGACUUAUAAUCAACGGCAACCUAGUACAAACGUUGGGCUUGCCCAAAAUGAAACUGAUAUCCUCCAAAAACGACAUAUUUUUUGCCAGUACGGCGCCGGAGUUCUUCCCCGGGAAAACCGAGAGACUGCAAAUGGACCAACAGAAAGCAGAACGAGACAGCAUGUCGCCGCCGGCAUCGCCUCACUUGUCGCCGGAAACGAAACCGCUGCGGCUGUACCGGAUACCCUUGAACGCGCUCAGCGGUGUCGUGACGCCUUACGACAGAAAGUGCGGCAAUGAGACGACGGACGACCAACGGAGCGGACGCAAGACCGUGGAAAGCCUCAAACACACGGACAACAAGAGGACGUCGAGCCGCAGUUGCACGGCGUCGCCCACCAUCGGUCUGAACUUGCAUAACCACAAGACAUGAAUGAAUUGCACUCCGACGCACUCGUACCACCGAUGGCUUCCACGCACCAACCCAUCCCGCCCCCAUCUCCUUCCGCCCCUGUAUCCUCCACCCAAGGCCCCACUUCCUCCGCCCAAAGAUGAGCGGUAACCGUUUCCGGUGGCGGCCGGACGGACCGGAACACGGCCUGAAAUAUUUGCCAGCGUAAAGACAAAUAAAACUAUAUUGUGUAUGUAUAUAUCACGAACCCCUCCCUCCC